GAUAUACAAACUUAUACGCAACAUUAUCGCGUCAUUGCGUAAUCUCGUAGAAACCGAAGGAAGCAAAAUAUUCAAGUAACUGUCAUAAACUGAACUCCCCAUUCUUUGAGCAACAAUAAUUCAAAUGCCAAACUGAGCACAAACAAAUCCAAUACGAGGUACUGUAUUCGCGAGUUCACUCUACAACUCUCAACUUCUCACCUCAAAUCCCCAGAAAUGCCCUCAUCUAAAGGGCCAAAAAUCUUCCACAAUCGAUCAUCUUCUCCAUUAUCCCUUUUUCGAAAACCAUCUGUUAAGAUCUUCUGUUUUUUAGUUGGAAUUACUGGCUUAAUCUUGGGUCUAAUUGCAGUUUCAAGAUCUCUUUUCUCCGAUAACUGUAAUUCAAUCGAACCCAGAACUGUUUCUGUGGUGUGGGAAAGAACAGAUGAUAGUAGUGGUGGUGUUUUAGAUGGGGAUUUGGAGAAGAAGAGGCAUAAGGUGAUGGGUUUUGUUGGGAUUUUUACUGGGUUUGGAUCUGUUGGUCGACGGCGCUCUUUGCGGCAGACUUGGUUGCCGUCUGAUCGUGAGGGGCUUCAACGACUGGAAGAAUCCACUGGCCUGGCUUUCAGGUUUAUCAUAGGCAAGACGAGUGCUGAGUGGAAAAUGUCAGUGCUUAGAAAGGAGGUUUCCCAGCACGACGACUUUAUUCUUUUAGAUAUAGUUGAAGAGUACAGUAAGCUCCCAUACAAAACGUUAGCGUUCUUCAAAGCGGCAUAUGCACUGUUUGAUUCCGAGUUCUAUGUGAAAGCAGACGAUGACAUAUAUCUGAAGCCAGAUCGCCUUUCACUCCUCUUGGCAAAAGAGCGGUCUGAUCCUCAAACUUAUUUAGGGUGCAUGAAAAAGGGACCAGUCUUCACCAGCCCAAAGCUUAAAUGGUAUGAACCCAUGUCCUCUCUACUUGGCUCAGAGUAUUUUCUCCAUGCCUAUGGUCCAAUUUAUGCCCUUUCAGCCAAAGUUGUCAGAAGCUUGGUUGCCUUGAGAAAUGACAGUUUCCGAAUGUUUAGCAAUGAGGAUGUCACAAUUGGAGCGUGGAUGCUUGCGAUGAAUGUCAAUCAUGAGAACAAUCUUCAAUUGUGCUCAUCAGAGUGUACGUCAACGUCAAUUGCUGUUUGGGACAUUCCUAGAUGUUCAGGACUUUGUAAUCCAGAAACGAGAAUGCUGGAGCUACAUAAAAUAGAAGCAUGUUCAGGGAGCAGCACUACAGUCACUGAAUAGCAUUCUUCUUAAACAUCAUCAUCUCAAAUCUACUCCAUUGAAGGUGCUUUCGCGAUUAUUGUUAUCUGUAAUCCUGAUAUACAAAUCCGUUGGCAAUUCAUUUUUGUAGUUUUCUUCCUACGAAAGUCCCCCUUUAGUCAUUUUCAGUUCGAUUACACAGGCGGGUACAAUAUUAUGAACACAUACUGGAGAGAUGUAAAUUUUUGUGAAUUAGGAGAUGGUUAUAAUGCGCAAUAUCCUUUCUUAA